AUGACGACAACUCCAACUCUUCAACGCACAACUUCACCCGACAGACGAUCUUCGAUUGAGAAGUAUGAGGACGACAAGGUCGAAAACGUCGACGUCGCAGUCCUCGAGGCUGCCGAGGAAGACAAGAGGGCCGGCGACUACUCUGGCUUCACGCAGAAGACUGAUCCUGCCGAGAUCAAGCUACAGCCUUCGCUGUGGGGCAUGUACUGGCUCAACUACCUCGACCGAAAUGCGAUUGCCUUGGCCAAGCUCUCGAGCAUUGAGAAGGAUCUCGGUCUUAGCGACGUGCAGUACCAGACGGCGGUCUCGAUUCUGUUCGUCGGAUAUGUGUUUGUCGGCGUGCCGUCGAACAUGCUCAUCACGCGGCUGCAUCCUGGCUACUACCUGUGUGCUAUCAUGUUGACCUGGGCGGUGCUGAGCGUGUGCACGGCCUUCGCGAGAAACUACGUCGGUCUCCUCAUGACGCGCUUCUUCCUCGGCGCACUUGAGGCGCCUUACUACCCCGGUGCACUCCUCAUCAUCUCCAACUUUUACACCCGCACCGAGGUCGCAACCCGCAUCGCUAUCUUGUAUACCGGCAACAUCCUUGCAACAGCGUUUGCUGGCAUGAUUGCGGCGGGCAUCUUCCAACUCGACCGCAAGCGCGGCUAUGCCGGCUGGCAGUGGCUGUUUAUCAUCCAGGGCGCCGUCACAGGACUGGUAGCGAUAAUGUGCUUCCCCUUCCUCCCCAACAAGCCUCACAACACGCGCUGGCUUUCUCCCGAGGAGCGCGUGCUUGCCACCGACCGACUGCUUCGCGACAAGGUCGACGAAGGUCCGAAGGGCUCGCCCUGGCAAGGUCUCAAGCAGGCCGUCAGCGACUACCGCGUGUGGAUCUUCAUCUUCGCGUUCAACAUGCACCUCUCAGCCAACGGGUUCAAGAACUUCAUGCCCAGCGUCGUCAACACGCUUGGCUUCUCACAGAUUAUUACCCUUUGCCUCAUCUGCCCGCCGUACCUGCUCGCGGGCGCUUUUACCCUCUACAUCUCCUGGUCCAGCGGCAAGCACAACGAGCGCACCUGGCACAUUACAGUGUGCAAGAUCAUCGCCAUCAUUGGCUUCGCCCUCGCACCAGCGACGCUCAACACGGGAGUGCGCUACUUUGCCAUGGUCGUCUUUUCCGUGGGAACGUACGGCGUCAACUCGAUCCUGCUCGGGUGGGCCGCGACGGUCUGUUCCCAGACGCAGGAGAAGAAGGCGGUUGUUAUGGCCCUCAUGGCCUCGAUCGGCACGGGCUCCUUCAUCUACACGCCGUACCUGUUCCGCGACGAUGACAAGCCGCGGUACACCAUCGCGAUGAGUGCAAUGGCCGUCUUCUCGCUCAUGACCAUUAUUGCGACUUGGGCCCUGCGGUUCAUCCUCAAGCGCCAGAACAAGCGCAUUGCGGAGACGGGCUCUCCCACCAAGUACCCGUACUAA